GCUAUUGUUUCGCCUAUCCUUACGCGUAUAAACCAAAAUUUAAAUUUUAAAUCUGAUUUUGUGAAUUUUUACAGCAUUUAGUUUUGAAUUAUUAAGAAUAUGUAUAUAAAAGAUUUAUCUACAAAUUGUUUGUUUCUGCUAACAAGUGGUACGGAACCAGGUAAACAUACUUGGUUUCAACGCAAAAAAAAAGAACUACGGUCACGACCAAGGUUUAUAAUCCAGAUAGUAGAUCAAAAUUCACUCAUGAAAAUCAUGAAAUCCAUUGAUUAACCGAUAAAAUUCAAUGAAAUCUGCAUAAAUUUGUCAAAACUUUUAAAAUCUAGUUUAAUCUUGUUGAACUUUAUCGAAAAAUCGAGUGGUUCAUGUUUUCAAUCUCAUAAAAAAAACUGAAUUUCGUGAAAUCCAAACCCUGAUAAAAAUCAAUGAAAUCUGCAUAAAUUUACCAAAAAAUUAAAAUUCAUUUUAAUCUUGUUGAACUUAUCGAAAAAUCGAGUGGUCUGUGUUUUCAAUCUCAUGAAAACAAUCUGAAUUUUGCGAAAUCUGAACCCCAAUAAAAACCGAUGAAAUUUGCAUAAAUUUGUAAAAAAAAAAAAUCAAAAUCCAGUCUAUUCUUGUCAAACUUAUCGAAGGAUAGAGAAAGAUCGAGUGGUUCGUGUUUUCGAUCUCAUAAAAGGAAAUUUUGAAUUUCGCGAAAUCCGAACCGAUUUCCAUGGAGCCGUGUGAAGUGAACCCGGAUCACAUCACAACUCCCACAACCCGAACACGAAACGAAACCACGCCAAACAAACCCGAGUUGAACACCGAAGCGGAACGGCAUCGCUCGUCAUCUAGCGCUCCACCAUGGCCGCGACCGCGAGCGCGCCCGCCCAAACUCCCGCUCGCUGCCUCCGCCGAUAGCUCGAGCUCCCCGGAACUCCGCCGGCGACCGCGCCGCCGCCCCCGCAUUCCCGAUCCCACGGCUGCGGGAAAGAGCUAGGUAGGUAGGUAGGUAGGUUCUUGAGGAGCAUAAUUGUUCGACAGUGCUCAGUUCUUGUGCUCUGAACAAGCCGUUCUACUCUACUGUUCUAGGAGCGAUUGGUUCACUCUGAAUUCUGAAAAAAGAAGGGGGCAAUUUCUGCUGCCAGAAUCUUGGUGAUUAACCUCACUUGCGUGCCAUAAUCUUCAGUCUUUUUCACCUAUGGGCCAUGUUGAAGAAGCAUCUGGCAGUGAUGACGAUGGGGUGGAGUUGCUGUCGGUUUCUUGGAACCAGGACAACAGCUGCUUCAUUGCAGCAACCACCAAUGGCUUCAGGGUCUUCAGUUGCAAGCCCUUCCACGAGACCAUGAGGAGGAUGUUUGGCCCCAAUGGAGGGAUUGGAAUCGCCGAGAUGCUGUUCCGCACCAGCAUAUUCGGAUUGGCAGGUGCAGAGUCCAACACCGAGUUCCCACCCACCAUGCUCCAGCUCUGGGACGAUUACAACGAACGCCGCAUCCACAAGUACAACUUCACAAGCGAGAUCCGAGCCGUCAGGCUGUCCAAGGACUACUUUGUGGUUGUUCUUGAGAAGACCAUCAAUGUUUACAGGUUCAAGGACCUGAGGCUGUUCUACCAGGCUAGGACGGUGUCGAACCCGAAUGGGCUGUGCUGCCUGUCUCAUCACGCAAACGCCUCCGUUUUCGCCUGCCCUGGGACGUCCAAGGGGCAGGUUCUCAUUGAGCAUUUCGGGUUGAAGGAGACCAGGUUCAUUGCUGCUCAUGACUCGCCCCUUUCGUGCAUGACAAUGGCCUUGGAUGGAACACUCUUGGCUACUGCCAGUGUCAGGGGUACUUUGAUCAGGAUAUUCAACACUAGGGACGGCACCUGCGUGCAGGAGGUGCGGAGAGGACUUGACAGAGCUGAGAUAUAUAGCAUUGCACUGUCACCAAAUGUGCAGUGGCUAGCAGUCUCCAGUGACAAAGGAACGGUGCAUGUCUUCAGUCUGAGGGUGAAAGAUGCAGAGGAGGAUGCAAAAAAGGGGGAGUCUGCAACUGCAGGUGCACAGGUGAAUGACAAUUGCAACUAUGGUUCUACGGUUCCAGUUACACAAACAAAGAUUGGAUCCAAUACGAGCUCAUCCCUGUCUUUCAUGAAAGGGAUUCUGCCGAAAUACUUCAGUUCAGAAUGGUCUUUUGCUCAGUUCCGUUUACCAGAAAUCACGCGGUAUAUUAUGGCAUUUGGAGAUCAAGACACUGUAAUGAUGAUCGGUCUUGAUGGCAGUUUCUACAGAUACAGCUUUGACCCUGUAAAUGGCGGGGAGAUGAUGCUCAAGGAAUAUCACCUGUUUCUGAAGGCCAGCAAAUCUUUGUGAAGAACUCCAAACACCUGAGCUUCAUGGUGGGUCAUACCAUCAUCUCAGUUUAUAUCUAGAUGGUCUGACUAAGUUCAAUGCGUACUGUUCUCUCUAGUAACAUUUCUCACUAGCAAGGUUAAUCAGCAUAGGCUAUUUCAUUCCGAAUUAGGCGUAAUUUUUGCACAUAUUAGGGGUUAGUCUUUUUUUUGUUGGCUUUUCUACAUCAGUAAGCUUAACUGAAAUGUAUAAAUUUCUUAGGAAUGAGUCAUUUCCCACCGGAUGUGACCUAGUUGUAACUUUAAAUUCGUAGUGGAGGGAUUUCUCCCUGCCUUCAUCUUGUUUUAUUAGUUAUUUAUUACAUCAUUUUGGAUUACCAACACAAAAAUCUGGCCAGCUGCUAUCUGCCAAAAAUUAAGAAAUUUGAAACGCGAGAAGCAACCUCACCAAGUAUAUGCCUUUGACUUUUGAGUUAUGCAAAAGUACAAAACUGCAAGCAUAAGCAAUCUUUACGCAUAAUAACGCCAGCGAAAAAAGCUGCUCUCAUAUAUGGCUUUUGGCUUUAAAACUGUCCAAAUAAAAAGUAGUUUGUUUUUGUGAAACUUAUAAUUUUAUUUUAACUUGUAUGCAUAGUUAAUAAGCAUCGACAAACGGGACCAACUUUAAGUUUUGGUGUAUUGAGACCUUUUUCUAUAAAUUAAAUACUUCAUUCAACAUGUAAUAUAAUGUUCAUGAACUUUGGACUGAAAAUCCGGAACCAAAGAGACUUUUUCAUUUGAUUUUUUAAAAGCACAAACAUAAUAAUCUUUUUGAUACAUGGAAGACGUAUACGCACACAACAUCUGAAAAUCUGGAACCAGAGAUCCGUUUUCAUUUGAUUUUUUAAGAGCGCAAACACCGUGAUCUUUUCGAUUACAUGGAAGACGCAUAUGUGCAUAACAUCGGUGCUUCCCCACCAACACCAUGUUUUGAUCAUUAUAAGCUUAGAAUUUAGCUAGCUAGAUUUGAUGGAAAAGAAAGGCCGAGGAUCAGGGAAAGUGUGAUAUGUACAGUUGUGGGUGUGACAAACGUACUUUAUCAUUUCACACUCUUCUGCUGUACAGAUUGAUGUUUCUAUGACACGUGUACAUUUAGGUAGUGGUGUUAUGCUCAAAGAUGCUUUACGCUUGUUUUGUUACAACUUAUGUAAAUUAUGCCACGCAAUGUGCAAUGUGCAAUUUACUAUUUAUUUUCGUUGAAUAAA